AAAUAUUUGCCAGCGUUUGGUCAGCACUGCUCUCAAGAGUUUUGUUUAAGCGUACGAAAGGAAUCCUUCAAGAUGUACUUGACUGACUUCAGCGCACUGCUGGCAAUGCUCCUCUUCAUAAUGUACCGAACAGGACGGGGAGGCAGCCCUGUGACGUCACGGCCAGGCAGCAAGCUAAUCAACCACGUGAUCGCAUCUUUCCAAUCAAACUCCUUUAUCCAGUGCAUUCAAGCAUGCAUGGGGACGCCAGAUUGCUACAGCUACAACCAGUACCCCGGAGCUGGUCUUUGCGAAUUAAACAGCGCCACGCACUUAUCCCAUCCAUGGGACGUGGUGAGCGACCCAGACGGGAGUUACAUGAUCUACAAUCUACGCCCCUACAGAUGUAGCUACUCGCUUUGUCAAGAAGACGAGAUGUGCGAGGUCAAGCCUGAUGGGAUGACGUAUACGUGUCGAGUGAAGCGCUUUAACAUAUACGUGCGGUCUGAAACGUUUGAUGACCCAAGCAGGUCGGAAAGUGGAAGUGAAAGCAGAAUUACCGUUGAUGGACAAGAAUACUUCAAUAAUGCUGGACGAGGAUGGACUAUUGUUGUCUUCCACAUGAAUGGGACAUUUCAUUCAAAAAGUGGCCCAUUCGACACUAGAGGUUCAUCUUCUCACGCAAAAGCAAUGGCCGAAUACCUAACUAAUCUCCCAAACAACACGCUGGUCAUCGCUACUGUUGGAGGAAAUGCCGACCUGGCCGGAUUAGCCGAAUCCGCCUUGAGGAGCAUAGGGGCCCGAGAUCCGAUUACUGUUGAUGAAGCAGGAAAGCUUCGUACAAAACAGCACAAGGUAAUAGCGCUUAAAGAAGCAACAAGCUCUUCUGGUCGCCUGCUUGGACACUGUCCUUUCCAUAAAGAUGAGAGGCUCACUCUGUUUUGUGACGAGCUCAUCUGCCGAGACUGUGUGAUCAAUUCCCAUCAAGAUCAUAAGUAUAACUUCACUAGCAACAUCAUCGAUCGAGAGAAAGAAGUUACCAAAGCAAAGAUAAAGGAGGUAAAAGACAAGGAGGCGGGUUUAUCCCAAGCACAGGCAAAUGUUUUGAACGAGAAGGCUCGAUUAGAAGCGCAAAGAAAGUCGUUGAGAAAAGAAAUUGAUGAAUUCGUUGAUGAUAAGCUGGAGGAGAUACACAGAGUUCUGAAAGUUGACGUCAUGUCUGAUUAUGAAAGCAAGCACAAGCAACUAACUGAACAAGAGGAUCAGUUGUCUUCCGUUCUAGCAAACAUACAAAGUCGUAUGAAGUCUGCUGUUGAGAUGUUCAGGAAGGGUACAGAUUUUGAUGUUUUAUCCACAAAGAAGGAAGUCAUACUGGCCCUUAAUGCCAUAGCAGAGAACCCAUUGAAUAGUGGCCCGAGUGAACUUGUUGGUGUGACGCCUGCUAAGCUUUAUGUAGACAAGAGCUUCUGGUUAUCUAUGACAAACAGUAUUCUAGUUUACAACAGUCAGGUUGUUACUCAACAAUGUGAACUCAUCAUGGGGAUGGGCGCUGAACCUAGUGUGGUGUAUUCCACAUUCGUGUCCAAGACUACUGAAUUCAAUGUUGCCGUUAAUGACAAUAAAAAACAAAGCUAUAAGAGUCGAGUAGAUGUUGAAGUCACUAUCCAGAAGUCAACACCAAAGCCAACUGAAGUGAUUCGGUGUCAACUAAUGGGAGUGGGUUGUAGCAAAUUUAAAUGGGCUGUGAAGCCGUAUGAAGAUCUGGUCAUCUUGCGGGAAAAGCCUACGAAAAACGAUUUACUGGCUUUAGCAGAGCACGUUUCUUGGAAACUGGAAUUACUUGCAGAUGAGUGGUUGGCGAAUAUCGGGGUAACGCAUCACCUAGAUGGGGGGCAGAGGGUCUGGGGGUGGUCACCUGGAAAGAAAUAUGUUGCCAAUGAGGAACAUACGAGCUCUAUCAGAUCUUGGAAGGGUGGUGACGUGUUCAAUGUGUUCCUCAGCAGGGAUACACAGGAAGCCGGGAUGAUCAUCUGUAAUGAGCGCACGCCAGAGAGAGAUGUGUGUGAGGGUCUUGACUGUCCUGUUCAGUUCUACACGUAUGGAAAAUGGCGUCUUGUGUAG